AUGGAUUUCUCAACUGGAAAUUGGAGAGUGCGAGAGGCUGUAGCAGAAGAUGUUCCAGACAUUCUACAAAUGAUAAAGGUAUUAAACCGCAAACUUAAAAUACCUCAAAAUCUCAACUAUGCUAUUAUUAAUUCUCCUACCCGUCUUGUGCUCACACCAGAUCAUAACAAAGUGGAGACCGUUCAGCUUCAAAAAUUAAGCUUUGUGGUGAAAGACUAUAGUCUUAAUACUGUAGUCUGAGUAAUUGGAGCCAUGAUCGAUCCGUAAUCUUUUAAAGGGAAGUCCAUAGUCCGCAAAUUUUUCAGAACUGACCGGCAAGGUCAUUCUCGUCGUAAUGAGAAUUUCGCUUUUAAUCAAAGCUAUCUAGCUAGAUCAGUCAAAUCCUAGGUAGCAUUAGCACUAAGGAAAUCGUUUCUCAUCAAAAACUCUUGGAAAAGGCCUAUUUCAUUUUCAAAAUGACCGGUCCUGCCAUGGUCCUGCUGGCCAGUUCAGACUUUUUAAAAAAAAAAAUUGGGGCUCUUCAGGCCUAGUUUGGUCUAAAAUAUGGGGGGAGCCCAGGGCCCCCAGUCCCCUCCCCUGGAUCCACCACUGUGAAUGAUCAGAUUUGUUUCACCCUGUGGAAGUCUAUUAAUUUUGUUGUUAUUGGACAACCUUCGCCCUGUGAGUACAGCCUCAGUUUCUGGAGUACAUCAAAAUAGAGCACUCGACAGGCAAGGUGGAUGUGUUUACUCCAGAUCCCUAGAUUUGUACCCAUCCCAACUUCGCUCUUUAUGAGUUUGCCUACUAUCAGUCCUGUCUCUGUGAUAAAUAGUGACUAGUCACUCUGCACAUUAACCCUUUGAACCCUAAUAUCAAAAUUCAAAUUAUCAUUUGUUGUCCCUAUUUUUUUCAAUAGAAGUAGUGGGGAGAAUUUGUUGAAGUAUCAAUUAGAUUUAUCUUGUGUGAUCAGGUCCUUAAUUCUCAUGAACACUGUGUUUUAUAAAGAAGUGAUGCUACAAGGAGAAAUUUGACGCUGAUCACUCACUACUUCCAGUAAAAGAAUGCACUUCUCUUGUAGAAACUUUUUGUCGGGAUUCUAAAAAUGCAUUUGAACUAUACUUGCCUAUGGCUGACACAGUAUCCUUUCCAAAAUAACUGUUGUUGUCAAAACCCGACUGACCAUUUUUGAAUGAAACAGCAAAGAGAGAAAAGAGAAACAGAUACAUCUACAUACCCUGGAGAGGUUUUAAACCAUAAUAUUCAGGUACAUACAUGUAUUUUCUGUUUUAAGUACAUUAGGGGGGAUCCCGUGGGUUCUGUGAAUUAGAUAUGCUGGACCCUCUCAUUUCCUUUUUAUAGGGGACUUUUCUACAUGCAGCCUUAUAUAUUUAAUUAGAAUUUUCCUAACGAUUGAGCGUCUACAUUUACAUGACAUUUAGUGAAUUCUGUUUUAACUUGCCCGACGGGCAGGUGAUGUUUUUUGAGGAAUUUCAAUAAGAGAAGAACUGUGAAAUCAAUUCUGCUAGUCAAAAAGUUUUUGGGGCUAGUUGAAAUGACAUCUGGGCUAGUUAAAAUGCUAGCUUCAGCUUGCCUGAAUGGCAAGAUGUAAAAAUGUGACUUUCUUUGCACCCUGAACAAUAUAAUUUCUACCAGAGUGCAAAGAGUAGAGGAAAGAUCGAUCUUAGCAGGGAACAGAGUUCACCAUACUGCUUUGAUUUUGCAGGAAUUAGCUGUGUAUGAAAAAGAACCUGCGUCAGUAGUCAAAGUAACUGAAGAAGGUGAUCUUAAUAUUAUGGCAAAUGAUGAUAAUGAGGCUGAGUAUGAUUUGAAGAAUUAAGCAGAUUCAGGAGAAUGUAACAGUGAUUUUGUUCCUAUUAUAGUUUGGUGAAUCCUGGAACUCGUCUUGUGAAAAAUCAUGAGUCCCAGUCCAGAAUCAUUGCGUCCCAGUUCAAAAAACAAUGAGUCCCUGAGUCUUUUGUAACCACAGAGUUAAUCUGAAGGCAGACUCCAAAACUCUGUAUAACAGUUUACUGAAAUGUAAAUAUACCCCUUCUAUCAAAAAGCACAACAAAUACUAAAAGUAAUAUACCUCGUUGACCAACAGCUGCAAGAAGGGACGCAGGAUGCCGAGGUAACAAAAUCACUGAUGUUAUGGGCCUAGGUGGAUAACAGCCUCCGUAAUCAGCAUAAUUAUUUUCCACAUCAUACGAAAGCCGAAUUCAAUAAUACAAAACAAUUACUGUUAUGUUAUUCGUUGAAAAUAUUUCUAAGUUUCCAAUGAGUUUAACUCCUUGUAGACUUUCUCCAAAACUUUGGUGGGGGAGUAUAUUUCUCAGCACAGUUGAUAACAUCCAUCGAGCAUUAUAUUUUGCAGCCAUUUCAUCUUCAAAUAGCCAUAAACGUCACUUUUGUUAGUUUACUGUUGCCCAAGCAGCCUCGUUUCCAGGUCAAUAUACCACUGAUCAACUUCGUUUCCAAGAAAAUAUAUACUCGAUUCAAUGGUAUUAUUACACACAUCUUUCAAAUAUGGUAAGCACCAGUUGGUUAUGAAGAAUUAACUGGGGGUUGGAGCCAAUCAGAAACUCUGUCAGCGAAAUAUUUUGAAUGAAUAGUGUUUUUAAUGACAAUAAAAAUAAAGAGAUAAUCCUUUAUUAUAUGGAUAAGGCUGAGUAUAUAUGAUGUAAAUAAUUGUGCAGAUCAAGGAGAGUGCUGACUCCAAGAUCCUUUUUAAAAUGAAGACAUUUUCUUUCUUUUUGUUGAUUAAUAAUUACUGGUUGAUUAAUAAUUUACUGGUAAAUAAUUAUUAUUUACCAGUAAAUUUUUUAUUAGCUUUCUGUUUUGACUUGUGGAAUAUCUUAAAUAAUGAAGUCAUCAUUUCCUUACCUGGGUUAUCAUAAAGCUAUGAAUGUACAUGUAGGUCUCCUUUGUAUUCUCUGUAAACAAUUAAUUUGAAUUAACAAAAUUAAUUUUAUAUGCUGAUUACAUCCAAAUACAGAAAUGCUGAGAGAUGGCUUUGGGGAAAGCCCUUGGUUUAAUUGCCUGAUAGCUGAAGUGAUUCAAACCCCCGAAGAAAAUCAUUGUUUGCCAAAGAAGAGAACCGUUGGCUAUGCAUUAUAUUUCAAUUACUAUUCUACUUGGGAAGGAAGAACUUUAUUUUUGGAAGACCUCUAUGUUAACCCUGCUUCAAGAGGUACAUUUAUAUAACAGAUAAAACUAUUUAUGGGUUUUAGCAUUGCUCGAAAUUAAUGGUAACCCCUUAACCAAUGGUUAGUAGUUUCCAAUGUCUGGUUACUAAAAAUGUGCCGAAGUAACCCGACAUGGUUAGUAAAAAUUACUGUUAAAUAAGUAGUUUCAUUCAUAGACUGAAAUUCUCCUUGCAAAUGAAUAUUAAUUUUUACGAAAGGCCAAUGUUUUUCUUUUUUUGUACAAGAUUGUUUUCUUUUUCAAACAAUUUAUUUUGAGGGAUAUGCUUACGGCAUAAUCCAACAACACAAAAAAAGGCACAUUUCAAGAAACUCAAGGUGACCGAAGGUAACCAGGCUUUUGUUGGAUGGGGAGAUCAUUUGAUUGAUUUAAUGUAUUCAUUAUAAUUUUUCAUUAGAGUGAUUUUCAUAUGAACUUAACAAAUGGUUUCAGUAAGCGUUUGUUAUUUGUUUUAUCAGCCAUUGGAUAAAAAGAUCAAAAUAUGGCCUCUUCGUUUUCCCGCCAAAGAAAACCCUAAUAUGGAGAAGGCAUUGGUUUUGAUUGGCCAAUCGUGUUGCAGUAUGAUGUCAAAGCAAAGUAUCGGUUGAUUUCUCGAAAGUUCUCGGGCAUGAAGUUUUUUCACCCGAGCGUUUGCUUAACAAACCAAAAGCCAUGCGUGUUUGUAUCCAUUCGAUAAGCCAGUCAAAUCGCUCUAUUUCCGUUCGUUUGUUGUUUUUGUUUUGUUUGCGCGUUUUUAUUUCAAGAUCGUACAAAAAUCGCUCUAAUCUAGUUUUUAGCUUUUCAGUAAAUGUCAGCUAUUUGUAAAUGUAUGUGUUCUCACUGCCCUUUCAGCCAAUGCUCAAAUACAUUGAAAUGAAGGCAUUAAACCUAUUUAUUCAACCUUCAAACCCUCCCCACCCACCUGACCUUCAGCCCUUCGCAACCCACAGGUCAAUUUAGCUUAUCCCAUCUCUAUGAAUAUAAAGAACUGUUUUGUGGUUCCCAAGCAACACCUACCACUUGUGUUUGGUGGAGCUGGUGCUUAACCCUUUUAGUCCCAAGAGUCACUGACCAAAGUCAAAUUUCUCCUAACAAAAUUCGUUUAUACAAUGUAAUCUAGAGAAAAUGUGGAGAGAAUUAAUAAAACAAUCAUCUGAUGUGAAAAGCUUUGAUCAGCAAACAAAAUCUCUCAACCAAUUCUUCAAGGCAGUGUAUGGAGAUCAGUUUGGAGAAUUUGUAUGAGGAUAUUGGGACUUAAAAGGUUAAAGGAGUGCUUUUGCACUUGCCUUGGUAGUAAACAGUUGGGUCGAUGAUUGCAAGUGUGACCUCUCGCCUGGGGCUAUGCCGUGUUGAUGAUUCCAAAUGAGGAUGAAACAGCUGUCCAUGGCUGCCACUGCCAGGGUGAUAUCGAUGUGUGCAUGUGGAAGGUACUGGCCAUACAGAAGAGUUGGUACAUGUGCUACAGUGCUGAAAUUAGUAUUGCUGGCAACUCACCUGCCCUUCACCCCCUCCCCACCCACCUGCCCUUCGCCCCCUCGCCACUCAACUGCCCUUCACCCUCGUGCCACCCGCCUGUCCUUCACCCUCUUCCUGCCCACCUGCCCUUCACCCCCCUUGCCACCCACCUGCAUUCACCCUCUUCCUGCCCAACUGCUCUUCACUCCCUAUCUGCCCACCUGCCCUUUGCCCACUCGCCACUCAACUGCCCUUCACUCCCUUGCCACCCACCUGCCCUUCACCCUCUUCCUGCCCAACUGCCCUUCACCCUCUUCCUACCCAACUGCUCUUCACUCCCUUGCCACCCACCUGCCCUUUGCCCCCUCGCCACUCAACUGCCCUUCACCCCUUCGCAUCCCAGCUGCCCUUUACUCUCUCUCCACCCAUGCACCCUACACACCCUGCUGAAGAUGCAGAUAGUGAAAACACAUACCCUGUUUUAGACUCUAGGCCCUGAAAACCAUACCCUGUCCAGCACACACACCCGUUUGUUUAGGCCCAAUAAAGGAGUUCCCCCCCCCCAGUUUGUAAACAUCCAUAUUUAUUAACCCCUGUGCAAAAGGAAGCUCUAUCUGGUUAUGUCCUUGGGGUGUAGGACAAAUUCACAUUAGAACAGUUGUUGGAAGAUGGCCCUAAAGGCAAUUCCGCUUGUGAUACAAAAUAAUGCUGCAGGAGUUGAUUAUCUAUUUUCCUUUUCUGUAUCAGGUAAAGGGAUUGGAAAGGCAUUGCUGAAGAGAGUUUCUGCUGUAAGUUUUAUUCAUCCAUUUCAGCAAUUUUUAAAGUUUUAGUUUUUAUGCACCUUACAACAAAGAACCUUGUAUUCUUUCAGAUCGCUGUGGAGAGAAAGUGUACCAGGCUGGAUUGGCACGUUUUAAACUGGAACAAAUUAGCUUUGGAUUUUUAUGACCGCAUAGGUGCGGUUUGUCUUGAUGGAUGGAGGUUAUAUCGUUUGACAGGAAAACGAUUGUCAGAAUUUGCUGACAAGAAACAAGAAUGAGGCGUCUUAAAAUUGUCGUGGUGUGUGCACGUUCGUUUCCAAGCCCCUUCCUUCUUGUCUCGCAACAGCCGGCUCAACCUCAGGCCCUCCGCAUACAAAACUGGAUGUGCAUCUUAGAAAAUGCGUGCGGGAGACAAAACCUCCACUUGCCCUAGAUCAGAUGUUAACUUCAUUUGGCUAAAAGAAGCUCAAUUUGGGAUCAGAAAUAUGCGAAAAUGUGCAAAAAUGUAAUCUUUUUGGUGAGACGGAUGACAUUUUUUUCGUUCGAACACUUGACCAUGACUUAAGCUGAGAUAAACCAUUACUAAUGGCAGUUAACGUUGAGCAAAUAGUGUUUGGUGAAGUUAUUCUGCAUCAAAUGGUUCAGUUUUGCAUGUUCCUGAUGGCUGCUUGGAGACCUUUUACACUUGAAACUGAAGGUCGAGGCUCUCAAAUUCGCCCAAUACUGUUAUAGAAAAUCCAGCAACUCUAAAAUCCGUGAAACAUUUCUAAGGACUGCCUCUAUUCGGAAUUUCUUCCUAUUUUGGAUCGGUGCGGAUUGUGUAAGACAUUUUACCCUAAAAACUAUUUAAAAAAUUUUGUAGUGAAACAUCGUAUUUAACCGGUUGCAUGAAAGUAGUUCGAAACAGCUGUCAGUUGAAAGAUAGCAUCGUUAAACAUCAUUUGCCUUUUUUUACAGAACACCUUUCUCUUUUUGUU